CCACGACGUCACUGCCGCCAUUAGACACAUCACCGCCAGCAGCAGCGCCAGCACCUUCGUCGCGCCUUUUGAACUGAUCCUGCCGCUUUUUGAACUCAUCGUCCACGGCGCACGCACCAACUCAAAAAAACCUCUUGGAUUUGGGACGGCGACGCCCAUUUCUUUUUUCUUUAAUCCCGUCGUCCAUCUCGUGCCUUUGCGCAGCCAGCUACUAGGGCGUCAGCUAAGUCGGUUUACACGCCGCACAAAAAACACACGAAUAUUCAGCUAGUAGCAGCGUGAGGAGAGGAGAGGGUCCCCCGACCCGUCGUCCAUCUCGUGCCUUUGCGCAGCCAGCUACUAGGGCGUCAGCUAAGUCGGUUUACACGCCGCACAAAAAACACACGAAUAUUCAGCUAGUAGCAGCGUGAGGAGAGGAGAGGGUCCCCCGACCCGUCGUCUCUGCCUUCUUGCGCUGCAUCUUUCCGGGUGCUCUUGUCCGCUAAUGGCCCGCCCUCCUCUCGUUUUAUUCCAAACCCGCUCCUCCCCUGCUUUCCCUCUCUUAUUCAAACUCGCAGUCCCAGUCCCAGGCUCCAUUUUUCUAACUCCACCGGCCGUUGCCACCCCCUCACUUCAGCUGCUUCUAGUUCUACCGCACCUCAGUGACUCAGUCCCCCGCUAGGCUCGGAGCGGAGCGGAGCCGAGCUUCACUUGCCGGCUGCGAAUUCCGGGGAUGGGCAAGGCGGCGAGGUGGCUCCGCGGCCUGCUCGGCGGCGGGAGGAAAGACCAGGAGAGGCGGGCCUCGCCGGCGCCGCCCACCGCGGACAGGAAGCGCUGGAGCUUCGCGAGGUCCUCGCGGGACUCGGCCGAGGCCGCCGCGGCGGCGACCGAGGGCUCCGUGCGCGGCGGUGGCAACGCGGCGAUCGCGCGGGCCGCCGAGGCCGCGUGGCUCAAGUCGCUCUACGACGACACGGGGCGGCAGCAGAGCAAGCACGCCAUCGCCGUCGCCGCGGCCACAGCGGCGGCGGCGGACGCGGCCGUGGCCGCCGCGCAGGCCGCGGUCGAGGUCGUCCGGCUCACCAGCCAGGGCCCGGUCUUCGGCGGCGGAGGGCCGGUGCCCGUGCUGGACCCCCGCGGCCGCGCCGGCGCCGCCGUCAAGAUCCAGACGGCAUUCAGACGCUUCUUGGCGAAGAAGGCGCUGCGAGCGCUGAAGGCGCUGGUGAAGCUGCAGGCGCUGGUGCGCGGCUACCUGGUGCGGCGGCAGGCGGCGGCGACGCUGCAGAGCAUGCAGGCGCUCGUCCGCGCGCAGGCAGCCGUCCGCGCCGCCCGCUACAGCCGCGCGCUACCCGCGCUCCCGCCCCUCCACCACCACCCUCCCGUCCGCGCGCGCUUCUCGCUGCAAGAGCGGUACGGUGACGACACGCGCAGCGAGCACGGCGUGGCGGCGUACAGCCGGCGCUUGUCCGCGAGCAUCGAGUCGGCGUCGUACGGAGGCGGGUACGACCGGAGCCCCAAGAUCGUGGAGAUGGACACGGCGCGGCCCCGGUCGCGCGCGUCGUCCCUGCGCACCGAGGACGAGUGGUACGCGCAGUCGGUGUCGUCGCCGCUCCUGCCGCCGCCGCCGCCGCCGCCGUGCCAGCACCUGCACCAGUACCACCACCUGCCCCCGCGCAUCGCGGUGCCCACGUCGCGCCACUUCCCGGACUACGACUGGUGCGCGCCGGAGAAGCCGCGGCCGGCGACGGCGCAGUGCACGCCCCGCUGCGCGCCGCCGACCCCCGCCAGGAGCGUCUGCGGCGCCGGGGGCAACGGCGGCGGCUACCUCGCCGCGUCGCCCGGCUGUCCCGGGUACAUGUCGAGCACGCGGUCGUCGGAGGCCAAGUCGUCGUCCCGGUCGCAGAGCGCGCCGAAGCAGCGGCCGCUGGAGCAGCAGGAGCAGCAGCAGCAGCCGGCCCGGAAGCGGGUGCCGCUCAGCGAGGUGGUCCUGGAGGCCCGCGCGAGCCUGGGCGGCGCCGGCGUGGGCAUGCACAAGCCGUGCAAUACCCGCGCGCAGGCGCAGGACGCGUUCGACUUCCGCACCGCCGUCGUGAGCCGGUUCGAUCGGCGCGCGUCGGACGCCGCCGCGGCGGCGGCCGAGCGGCGGGAUCGCGAAUUGUUCUUCCUGCAGAGGAGGUGGUGAAGGUGAACCGAUCGACCGCCCGACCGGGAUGAUUAAUCGGGUGCUGCUAAUAGGGAAGGCUCUCAUUAAUUCCUUUUCAGCAUGCAUCUCCUCGCUGAUCCCUGUUGUUCCGAUCCCAUCCGUGACCUCUCACUGCUGUCGUUCUUCCUGCUUGCAAUAAGCUAGUGUGUGUCGGGGAAGUAGGGAGAGAUUUCAUCCCGUCCCGUACCGUUUGAUUUCGUUUUUGCGUUCAUAAACAGUAGCGCGGCUGGAUCGUCAUCAUCUCGAUCCAUGCAUGUACAUUCCGCCUGUUCCCCAAUCACCAUCAAUCAACAAGAAAGAGAAGCACGGUGUCGUUUCCGAGCCA